UCUGCAUCUAGCAAACUCAGAAUGCCGGCCACCAACUGAGCUCUACCCCAGACUUCCACCAUAAACAUGUCCGCUUCGCUCAUCGGCAUCGCCGUCGCCGUCACCCUCAAAGAUCCUCAGCGCACCGUCGUCCACGGUCUUGUCGCCAGUGUCGUCGAGCAGACCGCAACCCUCAAUCUCCAGAACGUCCUCUUCCCGGCUACCGGCCAUCGCCUGCCUGGCUUCAGCAUCCCGGGCGCUCACAUUGCUGACAUUUCUGUCCAACCGCCUCCCUCCGCUAUCCCUACGCCAGUAUAUCCACCAACUCAGCCUCCGCCCUUACAGCAACCUGCACACCCUCCUCCAACUCAAUAUGCUCCUCCGACUGCGCCCUCGGUCCCUCCGCCCGUUGCGCACGAGGCCCCGGUCCCGCAACCGGCCAGGACAACUCAACCAUUCGUGGAUCCUGCUAUCAUGAGCAUUGGCAGAAGACCAACAGUCGUCUCUUCCACGCACAUGACGCCGACCGUUUCUCAACAGACACAUGCAGCUGCGGCUCAACCUAUGGCUCCUACCGCUUCUGUCGCAUCUCUACCUACGAACGUAUCCUCAGUCGGGGCUGCAAAGAAGCCCUCUAGCACUGCCAAAGUCAGGAAGGACGACCCUACGGCUACGCUCACAGGCCCUUUCUCUGCGAUGAAUAUCGAGGCUGGAGACGACCUGGAAGAGUCUGAUGUCCCGACCAUCAAUGAUACAUCUGACAGGAGAGCAAGGAUUCGAGCGGUCAAGGAGGCUGAGGCAGAGGCAGAGGUGCCAGUCAAAGCAACCGAAGUGGCGAAGAGGACUAGGAAAACGCGGAGUAAAAGACAGGCAAAGAAGGAACAAGAAGAAGCCGCGAAUCCGGCCGCCUCUUCUCCGGAGAUGUCACGCAAGACACCGGCCAAUUACAAAGGAAAGGGAUGGAGACAGACGCCAAUCCUACAAGAUCAACCCUCGACCGCUUCCCGCACACCCGGGCUCAUUGGUGGAAAGGUUGGCCUGGCUGCUGUGACCGCCUCAAAUCGCAAGUCGAGGAAGCAAAAAGCCAUGGAUGCUACCAACGGCUGGGCCACCGAGGAUGCCACCGACGUGCAGGAGCUUCCAGACUUUGACUUCGCGGAAAACCUGUCCAAAUUCGAUAAGCGUACCGUCUUUGAGCAGAUCAGAAACGAGGACACCACAGCUGAUGAGGACCGUCUCGUGAGCUUCAACCGCCUUGUCCCUCGCGCCGGAACUGCUGGUGGAAAGAACCUCCACCCCACUGAGAAUGUCCUUGAGGCUCGCGAACCUCGCUUCGGAAGCGAGUCGUCGAGCGAGGACGACUUCUCUGACUUCGACAGCGGCCGUAACUCGAGAAGAAAUAUGUCACGGACAUCUUCCAAGCCUGCACCCUUCCGCAACGGCGGUGUUCAGGACGAUGCUCUGCCCGCUGCUGCUCCCACCUCCAUUCUCACUCGGUCAACUCGUUCACAGCACAACCGGCCCUCGGCAGUGGCUAGCGUAGCUUACUCUUCGACUAACAGCCCCGUCCCUGCGCGUCCAACUCCACCUUCAUCGCCUUCUGUCUCCCUCCUUCAACAGGCCCACGCAUCUUUCCGCAUCGCUUCAUCGAAUAGCACCUGUCACACUAUCACUCCGGGCACAAUGACUGCCGUGGAAGAAGUUGCCGAGGUCGAGUUCGGUCUCACUGAAGAAAUGAUGUCCGAGAACGCCGCUCGCGGCAUCGCCUCCAUCGCACUGUCGGCCGUCAAUCCAGGUGGCAGGCGCCUUGCCCGCGAGAACCUAACCGUCAACGCACGCCCCGUUGUGGUAGUCCUAGCAGGCAACCACCGCACCGGCGCGCGCGCCAUCGCCGCAGCCCGGCACCUGCACGCGCGUGGACCCAGGGUUGUAGUCGCGCUUCUGGGUUACGACCGGCCAGCGGACUACGACAAGGACGUACGUCGGCAAGUGGAUACGUUCAAACGGUUCGGGGGCUACGUGCGUGGCUGGGCCGACGUACAACGCGGCCUGAAGCGCCUGGAAGCACCUCCCGAGCUCAUCAUCGACGCGCUUCUGGGGCGCAACAAAGAGUUUGAUGCGCUAGGACGCGAGGACCGCAACACGGCGCUGACGAUAGUGGGGUGGGCGAACAAGUCGCGAGCGUCGGUGCUGGCGGUCGAGGGGCCGUCCGGGGUAGGCGGCAGCACGGGCGAGGUCAGCAUCCUCGAGGGCGAGCCGCUCGAGGUGCGCGCCAAAUAUAUAGUGUGCUUGGGGGCACCGCGGACGGGCCUGUUCCGCGCGCUGAGGUACGGCUAUGUGCGCGACCCGGACUGGCUGAUUUGGGUGGUGGAUCUGGGGUUGAAUCGGCCGUGGAAGCGCGUUGGUGGGCCGGGGGCUAAGGGCGUCAAGUUUGGGACUGAGUGGGCUGUGCAGGUCAGCUUUGAGUCUGGCGAGGGAGGGCUGGGUGAUGAGGGCCCGGUGGAUGGCCGGUAGGUUGGUUGGUUGGUGGGUGGCGUUGGGCUGAGACUGGGACUGGGAGUGACUGGAUGAGUGAGCGCAUCUGGGACCUGGGGGUAGGGGCUGCAUUCAUCUUCUAAGCUAUUCGGACUAUGGACAGAGAAUACCUGGUAGCGGGGUUUGCAUAGAGGUUUGCUUAUGUACAAUAAGACUUCAGAAAGAUGGGAAGGAGGCAUGGCUUCAUUGUUAAUCUUUUGAUGGAGCAAUGGGAGCUGGACAGAUGUUGUUCUCGGCUUUUGCUUUUGCUGUUCAUAUAGAGAGCGUAGCUGGCAUUGCAUGAGAAAGUUUUACAGAUU